GGCGGGGCUUGAAAAUUUCGGCCUUUUCUGAAUCUAUCCUUUCAAGCCUGUUGGAAUCGGCGACUUCUGCAGAAAAAUCAACUUCAUUCCUUCGGAACCAAAAGCUCAAUUUGUUUUCUAGCUACAUAAAGGAAUGCAAACGCCUGGGCCUGUUAAACUGCGUUCCCGUUGAACUCCAGUCUGGAAUCUUAUCUCCGCUGUCAAAUGGCUUCAACACUUGCUUUUUGAAUUAUCCCGUGCUUUUGAGCGCUUUCAAAUUGCACGGUAACGAUCGGGCUGUUGGCGAAGCCCAUGCUCCAAACGAGCUUUAUCGGGUGAUUUCCAACAUUGAGGCCAACUUUGUCGGGUUUUUUGAAUUCAUCCCGGGCUUCAAAAAGGCUGUCAUAUCGAUUUCGGGGCUCUCCACGAUUGACCAGACGUCCAAGAUUCACAGAAUCGUUGGUACUCUAUUUGAGUGGCUGUGUAUCAAUUCUGUUCUUGCAGACUCUAAGGUGUCCAGAUUCCAUUUGCUGGCCUGCAAACUUGUUGGCAACUGGUCCGUUUGUAAUGCCAGUCAAUGCUGCAUGUUGGUCAAUUCCGCGGAUGUUUUUGAUGUGUUAUGUGUGGUUGAGCUGAUUUCAAAUAGCAUGCCAACGUUGUCAAUCGAAAAUGUGUCCAAACUUAUUGGCUCCUUGAAAUCGGAACUUGUUGACAUGCAGCACAAAACCAGGCAUUUUGACGGCAAGAAUGCCAUUUCAAACGAGUUUGUUGACAAGCUUGAUUUGCUUCUGACCGAAGCUCGGGCAUGUGCUUGUAAACAUGGCUUUAUUACAUCGUUGAGCACGAGUCCCUUGUACGAAAAACGGGCUCCACUCGAACGCAGCGAUUCUUCAUCUUGUGCUGCAUUUACGGACAAAAUUCUGCUGUUGGCGCAACACGUGAUUUCGGUGUUGAAUUCGAUCUCAAUACCACGGGAUGUCGGAUUUGGCUCAAUUGAAAAUACGAUUCCGCAGCUUUAUGUAUUGUUCAAGAUGCUAUUUUCGGAUGCCUUUUAUGCCUCGCUCCACGGGCUAUUAGACAUUUCUCCAAAUCCAUGUGGCUUGCCAUUGAUGACGAUGCUUGUAUCGAUGCUACACGUGAUGGUCCGAUUGUUUCUUAUUUUUGUAAAUUCACUCUCCGAGUUAUCGAUUCACACGAUUGCCUCAAUUGCAGCGAUUUAUGAGAACAACUUUGGAGAGGUAUCGACAUCAUCAAAAUCGGACCCCACAACAGCUGAUGGCGAAGGUUGUGAAGCGCAACAAGGCCCCAUGCGUGCAGAUGAUGGCACCGAGCUUCCAAAAGGCAUGGCAGACUGUAAGGACGUCCCUUCUCAACAAUCCAAGAACGUUUCAAAUGAAAUUGAAUAUGAGGAGCAAAUAUCCGAUGUCAAGCAACAAUCGGACGAAAAGCACAGUGAACAAGAUCCCGAAGCAGACAAACAAAACGACAUUCAGCCGCAAGCAGAAAAUGAGGCUGCCGUAAGUACUAGUGAAAAGAUGGAUGGCAUGCAGGAUUGCAGAGACCAAUCGGAAUUUGAGAAAAACACCCGAUCCGAUCAAAAUGAUGCUCUUGACGAGGCAGAGACAGAAGGUGCUGAUACUUUAGCUGCUUCACAAGAGGACCGCAUUUGUGACAAUCAGUUUAAGGAACAGCUAAAUGAGGAAGAAGAUUCCAGUGGCAUGGCAAAUGACGAAAUACUGGAAAAACUGAACACCGAUUCGUUUCCGCAGCAUCUUGAUCAAAGCAUUUGGCAGGAUGACCUCUCUUCCGAUAAUGAAUUGUCCGAGGUCGAUGAGGGUGGUGAUUUUGCACACCAGGACGCUACCCCCGCUGCACGAGAGAAAGAUCUUGCUCGCAGAAAUGACAAAUCUGUUACGGAAAAACCUGGCUCCUCAUCAAGUUGCGAGAGAAAGCCUAAACAGGAAGAGAGUUCUCUGGCUAAUGUCGAUUUAUUGGACCAGGAUAAAGGUAUCUGUGGUGUUGAUGCGGAUGAUGUUGAUGCGGCUAUGGAAGAUAAUUUAUGCAAAGAUCGCAUUUCUAUGGACGAAGACGUUGAUGCCGAUCCAAAUGGCUUUGACACCGAAUCAAAAAGUCUUGAUGCUGACCCAAAUGCUUUGCAGGAUCAUACAGAGGGUAUGGAUGAUGAGAAUAUUGAAGCCUCUGCCCAGCCAAUGGAUCCUUAUCAAGAGGAGGCUCUUGCGUAUGGCGAAAUCCCACAAAACUUGGCCCAAUUUACAGAUGAAGAGAAGAGCCCAUCACAAGGCACGAAUGAUGAUAUUAACUCGGAAAACAUCGGCAUCGAUUGCAACUCGGAUAACAUCGGCACCGAUUGCAACUCCGAGAAACAGGAUCAGUUCGGAAAGGCCUCAAAUGGUCAGCUCGAUGAUGCUUCAAACAAGGAACGUGCGAACCUGAUUGAUCAACUGCUUGAAUUACCUCCACAACACAACGACCUGCAGUGUAGGAGGAUAUUAGGGGAUCAGCUGGCCACGUGGAGAGACCUCUUGAUGUCGCUGGAAAAUUCUGCUCCAAACUCUGCACCGGAAAAUGGCUCGCAGAAUCCAGAGGUCUUUGAAUAUGAUUUGGACGACCCACUCGCGUCCAAUGUAGACUCUGCGCACGUUCUUUCUCAAAUAUCGAAAGAAGAUUUUAAUGAUGCGCCAUCCUCUUCUGCAUUGAAUAACCCUAUUCAAGGGCAGCGGGGUAAGAGCCUUCCAUUACAACAGCCAUUUGACCAAAUUUCUUUGAACAAAGACAAUGAUGGCUCACAUUCGGAAGCUGAAACUUGUAACGCAAACGUUGAAGGCUUGGAUUCCUCUUUCUCGACAAUUGAGACUGAACCGCAACAUGAUUGCAUUGAAGAUAUGGACGAUGACCGUCCCUCUGAGAUGGUUUUAUCCCCCGGCUAUAGGAACCAUAAUUGGCCAGAAUACCUGCAUGCUACGUAUCCACUUGCAUGCGAGUUGACAGAGAAACUUAGAAUGGUCCUAGAUCCUACCAUUGCAGGAAAGUUGCAGGGCGACUACAAAACAGGAAAAAGGCUGAACAUGAAAAAAGUUAUCCCCUACAUUGCUUCUGGCUAUCGACGAGACAAGAUUUGGCUACGAAGGACCAAGCCAUCGAAAAGAAACUACCAAAUCCUGAUUUCGGUCGACCAAAGCCUGUCGAUGGAGUCCUCUGGCGCCCCCCAUCUACUUUUUCAAGUCAUUGCGCUGUUGUCUCAAGCAUUUUCGAAAAUCGAGGUUGGCCAUGUCGGUUUGGCCGGGUUUGGAGCCGAAACUCAUUCUUACAUCGCUCUUCCCGGGUGUAGCUCGGACAGCAACUUUUGCUCCCAAUUCAAUGAGAACAUUGGGGACCAAAUUUUGGCAAACUUUCACUUUAACGCGGAAUCCACAAAUCUCCUUUCUCUGCUUUCAAAAUCCUUACAAUGGUUUGAGCAGGCAAAAAGCGCCUCUUUUUCUGCUUGUUCCCAAAUCCACUUUAUCCUGACAGACGGCAUAUUUAAUAAUUCCGAUCAAAUAAGAAAACUCUUGAACCAGUUUUCGGCGCAAAGGAUCCUGGUUAUCUUUUUGCUACUUGACGCCCGUUCUUCGAGAGAUUCCAUUCUAGAGCUAAAGUCCGUCGCAUAUGAAUUUGAUGGCACGAAGCCAAUCAUGAAGAUAACCAAAUAUAUCGACCAAUUUCCUGCCAAGCACUACUUGGUGAUCAGAGAUAUCUCCACGCUCCCUUCUAUCUUUUGUAAAUGUUUAAGGGAGUGGAUUGAAGGCAUAAACAGGACCUCUGUCUGUGAAACCUUUCGCUAUUAA